GGUUCCUCGCUGUCCUUCCCCAUCCCCGCCGCGCUGCUGGCGCUCUUCACGCUCCGGCAUCACAAAUACGGCAGGUUCAUGUCCGUGAGCCUCCUGCUGAUGGGCAUCGUGGGACCCAUCACAGCCGGGAUCCUCACAAGUGCUGCUAUUGCUGGAGUUUACAGAGCUGCUGGGAAAAAAAUGAUUCCUUUUGAAGCCCUCAUUUUAGGAGUGGGUCAGACAUUCUGUGUGGUGGUAGUUUCCUUUCUACGGAUUUUAGCCACUCUCUAGCUUUUCUUCAGAUGCUAGUGAUCAAAGAUCAAAGGAAGAGCAAAGCAUGUGCCAGACGCUCGGCCUCUGUGAAGCAAAUAAUGAGGAAGCACACCUCGAGGUGUACCUUGAUGUGUGCUUUCUCCAUUGGUUGAAGGAUGCGUGCAGGCACGUUCCUGCCUCCGAUAUGGUAGCAGAGUCCUUAACUGUGACAGACAAGCUAUCCUUUGCAGAUUCUAAUGUGAAGGGUUGUGUGCCACAAACAUACGUUGGGGAAUGUGGUUUCUUUAACUUACGUUGCUUAUGUACCAGCCAUAAUGCCUGGAUUAGUUCUCUUAUAGCACUGCUGAAGCUGUGCUGCUAAAAGCAAGUAUUUACAGGCAAUGCUGCAAGCACUGAAUGCUUUCCAACUGGAAUAUGCCAUUAGAUGGGUCUGCAGUCUGCUUUAGAUUUGGUUGAAGUUAAGGUACAAAUUGUUGAUUUUGUUACAUUUUGGUAACACUAAGUGCCAAGUGAGAUUUUAUUUUUCUGGAGAAUGAGAAAAGGGCUUCUGGAGGAGGCUUAUGUACCUUUCACAGGUGAUGAAUUGUGAUAGUAACAGAGUGAAACUAAAAUGUGACACAGGCUGUUUCGGGGUAGAAACAUUACUACAGAAUGACGUGGUGUCUUCGGAGCUCAGUCAAUGCUUCAACCUCUUGCUGCUUUGUUUGCAGUGAAUCUGAAACUUUUUUAAUGUGAAUUUUUUUUUAAUGAGAAACUUAAUUUGUUUUUUUCUGGCCCCAUCUUUCUUAUGCCAGAUCUUGGUUAUAGUUAGGUUGGGGAACAGCAGAAGGAAAAAUCAUUUUAGAUAGAUGAAAAUGAAAAUUUGUGCCUGAGAGCUGUGGAUGUGAAUGCUAAGGCAAGGGAAAUAAUCCAUUUAAAAAGGAUCACUAUUUUUGUAAACUUCUAUUACACUGAAACUCUUCAGACACUGUGCACUUUUUUUAAGAGAGGCAAAGCACAGCUGAACAAGGGCUAUACCAUAGAAAUCCCGGGGGGUGGGUGGGUGUGUCCUAUUCCUUCUCAGGCUUUGAAUAAGACGUGUAUUUUUGGAUUUCUUAGUUGUCUUUUUAAUUGCUGAAAAUAUUCACAUUGGUGUUGUGUAAUUGGAGAUCUUCACUGAUUUUGUAAAUGUCAGUGGCUGGCAUAUUUAAAAUACAGCAUGCUGCAUCAGUGACUGUUUGCUUAGAUCCUGCACGGCUGGUGCUGGGUUAUCGUGACUCAUGGUUUUUCGGGUGCAGAGGCAAUGCGCAUGCUGCAUUAUAAAUAUUUGGCCUACAGGGGAUUGUCUGCCUGCUAGAGUCCCAGGAAGUGCCUGGGUGAUUGCUGUAUUUCAGUGAUGAGCCGUAUGAACAUAUCCCCAAAACAGACUCUACCAGCAGGCAAUAAGGUCUCUACUAGUGAAGUGUUUUAAUUAUUUUUGUUUUAAGUGACUUUUAACUAAUUCUGAAUUCUCCCCUCUUGCUUGGAGGCACACUAUGCGGUCAGGGCUCUCAGGUAGCUUUGUGUUUUCUGGGGGCUUGUUUUUGGGGGGCCCUUGGGGAAGCUGAGGUUGAAUCUCAAGGAUUUUGCUGGGCAGUGUAGCCAUCCCCAUGGUUUUGCUGUGCUCCUGAGCGUGGUCCUUGUUUGUCUAUUUUCAGCUGACAGUCACUUGGGUUGCUGAAGGAAAGCGCAAGCUGUGUCCAUAGCAGAACAGCUGCUUCCAAGGACACACUUCCCAUCUAUGUUUUUACUGAACUUGUUUGGUUUCCAAACCAGCUUGCCUUUUGAACUUGCUCCAUUUUCUAAGGCCACUUACCUUCCAUGAACUUGAUGUCCUCAGUGCUGAAACAACCCUAAAAGGGUGAUGUAUUUAUCUUGAGAAAGAAAUUCUCUUGAAGUGAUAAGACUCAUCUUGAAUUGUCUGUUGACAGCUGGUGGAGAAAGUUGUUCUUCAGGAGCUAUUUCCUGAAAUUAGUUUAAAUUAUAGCCCGUGAUAAUCCAAGGAAUAAAGCUGUGCAAUUUAGGAAAUACUUUAAUGUGAAUCCUUCUCCUUAGGUGGGUAAGGUUCAAACUGCACACAAAUGCUGCUUUAACCCUGCAUACUAUAUAAGGUAUAGUAAACACUGGAUCUUCUGAGUGCCCUGUAUGCUGAGCUGCUUAUAGAGAGCUGGCCUUCUUACCCUUCAGUCCCCUUGGAGAAAGUGGGAGAAGGAGCGAUGUCAGGCUGGGUCUCUCCUUCCCUCUUCAGUUCUGCCCCAAGUGAAAAAGCGGGAAUGUAGGGGUUUUGAUCUGUCGAGAAUUCUUUCCCCUUCCCGACUUUUUAUUUCAAAUCACUGCAAACACAGCUCAUGUCCAGAGUGCCUGGCUUAAUUCAUGUGAACUAUCCUGUAUUCUGCUGGCUGGAUUAAAAAGUCUUUUAUGAGACGUGGACUGGGCAGGUUUGGUCUUGUGUUUGAGAUGAUGCGAGAAACUAGUGUCUUGGGCACCUUCUUGUGUUUCCUUUGUUCGUGACCUCAGUGUGUAGCAAAGAUUAAGUCGAUUGCCACUGGGAAAGCACUUUGCCAAUGUGCUGUGUGUUACAGUGUAAAGACUGCGCAGGUGUGGGAGAGGACAGUGCAGAGGGAGCACUGAGGCUGGAGAGGAUUUGUCGCUGGACAGGUUCCCAUGCUGAAGCAGCUUACCCUGAAUGUGUGAGUUUUGGCAGGGACCCGCGACCCUCGCUGCUGGAGGUCCUUUGGGGGUCACAGAGACGGCAUGGCAGCAAUGAGUCUUGGCUUGGGGGCUGCAAAAGCCUUUUCAUUGCCACUCAGUAGAGGAUUCCUCUGCAGUAACAGGGCUGAGACCUGCAUGGCACAAAUCCUUGCUGUUAAGAGCUCAGAACAAAUGAAAAAAAAAUCACUUUAUGACACCCACCACUCAGGGCUGGGCUGCCUGAAAACAGCCUGGUUUUGGUCUAUUGCAGUCUCUCACAAUCUCUUUUCAGGGGAGUCUGUUUCAUUUUGAAGAGUUUGAAGCUUGGCCACAAUUUGGGUGUUGGGUGGUUGUAUCUCAGGGGGCCUAUCUGAGCACUGAAAUUUUCAGGGAAUUCUUGUAUAAAAGGUGAAAAAGUAGAUGCUUAAUGAGUAUUAGGGGGAUGAGUUCUCUGUAUCACCUCAGUGAUCCUAGAGCACAGCAGGAAGCUGUGCAGGCCCUGCUCUCCUACAUGCCUUCUCUACUGCCCUCUCUCCAGGAAAAGCAAAUCCAAACUCAAAGGACAAAAUUACAGCAAGAGUAGUUUUGCAUUGAUACACCAGACCAGCGCUCAGGCAGUUUUCUCCCCUCGUCUCCAAUUGCUUUGGCCACUCCCUUGGGCCUUCCUUUCUCCCAGGUGAGGCAAGCAGAGGAAUUGCGUGAGUUUGGCAGUUGGUUUCAGUAGGCUUUGCUCACAAGGAAGGACUCAGGAAGGCUGGCCCUCGCGCUGUGCAGAAAACCAGGCAGAGCUCCUUUGAGGAGUCUUUCAGGGAAGGAGCCCCUCAACUCGGUGAGGUACAGCCAGCCUCGUCCAGUUCUUUCUCUGGAGCACACUGCAUGUUUGCAAAGGCCUUGGUGCCUCCGCAGGUUUCGUUCUCAGCUCAACUCCAGGCAGCAGCUUAGGCUAGAGCAGGCCAGAGCAGUAGGUGAAGAAACGCUGUGUGUUUAGAGAGGUUAAUGCUGUUGCUCUGGCCUGGGAAAACGUGCUGGGAUUGUCUGGGGGAAGCACACGUUUCUUGCUGCGCUGUGGUGCCAACUUGUCAAAAGCUGUAUAGAGAUUGCAAAAAUGUAAAUGCCUCUGUGUCCCAGAGCGGGUGCUGCUGUGAAGCCCUGUCCAGAGGGCCCAGGCAGGAGCGUCAGUCAAAGAAAAGCCUUCCGCACUGGAGAAAUGUCGCUGCUCGAGCUGAGAUUUGCAGUCCUGCUUUCUGGGUGUGGACCUACUGUGCGCUGAUCUGCUUUAGACCACCCUGACUUUGUAUUUAACUGACUGCUGCAGCAGUCAUGAACAAAUCUCUGUGGGAUAGAAAGCGGUGUAAAUUUUAUUUUUCUACUGA